AGACUCAUAGUGGGAAAAGACAAGAGAGGCUUUGGCUGGCUUUGGAUCCAGAAAACAGCUGCUGAUUAGAGGCUGCGUCUUCAGGCUGAAUUUAUUACAUAUUUUUCAGCAGCAGGGAUUCUAGGAGGAAGCUUCCGUUUGGGUUUCUUGAGCACGGUUUAUUUUUAUUCAGAGGAAUAACAGAGGAAGGAUUUGUUCCGGCUGGAGCAUGCUCACAACCUGCGAGAUCUCCCAUUAUUAAACUGCCUACUUUGGGGCUUUAAUGUACAUGUGUUUUUUUUUUUUUUCCCCCCAUUAUUUUUUUAUCAUUAGCGUUAUUAUUAUUAUUUGGCAGCGGGCAUCUCUCUCUCUCUUUCUAUUUUUUUUUUUUUUAAUAAUUUAUUUCGAAAGAAAGCUGAUCUCGUAAUGAGCUUUCUCCUUCCUCACUCGAAACAGGUGCUAAUGAAAGAAUGCAAAUAGCACCGCCUGAGCCGAACAUCUCAUAAAGACGGGAGCAGCGCGGAGCGCGGAUCGCUGCCGGCCCCCACCCCAGGCUCCCUCUCCCAGGUCACCGCACGGACACCCUGAGCCUCCUCGAAGUGCUGGAGAUGAACCCAUAGCAGUGGGCAGCAGACCAUUUCUACUCCUUACCAAGACCAUUUUGAAUCCUAAUCCUGGCUUCCGAAGUACUUGCAGCCCGUCCCAGCCUGGUAUCAGCCGCACUUUUAGCUGAAUUAAAUCUUGGGCAAACGAGGGAGAGACACCAUCAAAAUUACAGGCUAUCAAGUCCACUAAAUGUUGGAAAUGCUUUUCCAAGGCUUUUGAACUCAGAAGUGGAACAGAAGGAAGACACAGGGGGACACACACCGUUCAGCGUUAUUUUCCUUGCACAGGAAAAAAAGAUCAUUAUGAGAUGAGUGCUACAGUCUCAAGUUUUCAAAGGUUUGCAUAACAAACAAGAGACACAUUGUGGGUUGCAUCUUGACUUUGAAGGCUUGCCACUGUCAACUGAAAUAAAAUGGCAAGGUUUAAAGCCUUAACCAAGUUCACAAGGAAAAUAUUUGGACUAAAAGUUUUGGAAAGUUUUCUCUCUUUGAAGUAGUUUGUCAUGUGUUACCAAUGUGAACUUUAUUGACCUUGAAACGUUUUUUUUUUUUGAGUCAAAUAGCAACUAGUGACACUUUAGUAAAAUCUUAAAUCAACAACCAUCUCCUGGCGACUCCAGCUUCGUAACAAAUGCAGGCAAAACAGGGAAUCUGCAGAAGAGACCUUUAUUAUUCGUAAAUGAAGCCUGCCAAAACCUUCCCGAAAUAGCAUUCAAAGACCCUUUUAAGGUCAUGGAUCCUGAACAAAGCCAGAAGAGCACAAAAAAGGCUGAGGAAAGUCCAAGAAAGAGGCUUCCCAAAGGAGAGGCUUUCCAAGCCAGUAUUUCAUCUGCAGCUACGUAUCAGGGCAGCUCCGCUUCUUCGCAAGGAACCCCUCUCCGAGAUCUCAUAUCGCAGCAGCACUUUUCUGGCUCUUUGCCGAUUCCAAGGGAGGAAUCUCAGGAGAAGACUGGACAUCAGAAGCAACCUAAGCCUUCCUCUUUCGAACACCCUCCCCACGUCUCGCAGCUUCAGCAGCACGCACUGUCACCAGCAUUCAUGUCUCCUGGGAAACCCGAGCACGUCCUUGAAGGGCCCACAUGGCAGCUAGUUGAUCCCGUAAGACCAGGUCCCUCUGGCUCCUUUCCAUCGCCCGGGCUUCAUGCACACCACGGCCAGAUCUUACCUUCCCAUUCACCGAUCAUUCCUGGAGAGGACAUGCCGUCCGUUCAAAAGGUCUACAUCCCUCGCCCUUCACAGGUUCCCUUAAAACAAGCUGAGGAAGUGCACAAGAAGGAAAAGAAACCUCAGAAGCCAGGCAAAUACAUUUGCCAGUACUGCAGCAGGCCUUGUGCGAAGCCAAGUGUGCUCCAAAAACAUAUCAGGUCACACACAGGUGAGAGGCCGUACCCUUGCAUUCCAUGUGGCUUUUCUUUUAAGACUAAGAGCAAUUUGUAUAAACAUAGGAAAUCUCAUGCUCAUCGAAUAAAAGCUGGGCUGGCCUCAGGGAUAGGAGCAGAGAUGUAUCCGUCAAGCUUGGAAAUGGAGAGGAUUGGUGGGGAGGACUUUGAGGAGCCAACAGAAGGAGAAAGCACAGAUUCGGAGGAGGAGACGGGAGCGAUGUCGGGUCACCCUGCAGAACUCUCCCCCAGGCAGAAGCACACCCUGCUGUCCAGCAGCCUGCUGAGCGCCGGGAGCCAAGGCUCCAGCCACGACCGCUGUUCCCUGUCCCAUUCCAGUAUGUCUCAGUCGCUCGAGGACAGCAGCCAGUUUGCAGAGCCGCCAUCUGACCAAGCUCUGAGCCAUAAAUCGGAAGAUACCCACACAAUAAAGCAGAAGCUCGCACUCCGCUUAAGUGAACGGAAGAAGGUCAUAGAUGAACAAGCUUUCCUGAGCCCGGGGAGUAAAGGAAGUACUGAGUCAGGCUACUUCUCCAGGUCGGAAAGUGCAGAGCAGCAGAUCAGCCCCCCAAAUACCAAUGCAAAAUCUUAUGCAGAAAUUAUUUUUGGGAAAUGUGGUAGAAUUGGGCAAAGGACUGCAAUGUUGUCUACAAACACAACGCAGGGGUUUCCGCAUCUCUCUACUGAAGAGAAACCCAGUAUGGUACCAUUGUCUGUGCCUAGAACACAGGUUAUUGAACACAUCACUAAACUAAUUACAAUUAAUGAAGCCGUUGUAGAUACCAGUGAAAUAGAUAGUGUUAAGCCUAGAAGAAGCUCUUUAUCUAGACGUAGCAGCAUUGAAUCUCCAAAGUCUGCUGCUUACAGGGAACCAUUUCAGUUUGAUAUCAAGUCUGGUUCCAGUAGCCAGUUGGAUGCCUCAAAAGCGUUGACAUCCCAUGGUGAAAAAAUGAAGCCCGAACAAUCAUUGUUGUCACUUCAGCAAUCCCACAGUGCCACAGAGACAGUGCCUCUCCUAAGAAGCCACUCAAUGCCUUCUGCUGCAUGCACUAUAAGCUCCCCACACACCUUUAGAGGUAGCUAUUCAUUUGAUGAUCACAUCAUGGAGCCUGAAGUCUUAAGCCGCAGUCAAGCAUUUUCUUCUCAUCCUCGAAUGCUAAAACGACAACCAGCUAUCGAGCUACCUUUGGGAGUAGAAUAUGUCACGGAGGAGGUUAGCUCUGCGAGCAAAGAAACUGUUUCCAAACCUCCAGAGGAGCCUGAAACCAAGGAAAGCGAUCUUACCAAAAAAUCACGGAAGGGGCCGAAAGUUAAAGGGUUCAUGUAUGAAUGUAAUGUAUGUGGUGCUCGGUAUAAGAAAAGGGAUAAUUAUGAAGCCCAUAAGAAAUACUACUGUUCAGAACUGCAGCUCUCAAAGCCACGUUCUUCCACUUCCCAUACCUCUUCAGAGACUGAGAAAAAUGUCAUGGAUCCUGAGACAUGGCCCCAGGUGAUGCAUUACAAGCUAGGGAGCACUUUGGAGCUUACCCCGCUCCGAAAACGGCGAAAAGAGAAGAGCCUGGGUGAUGAUGAGGACCCUCCAGCUUUUGAGCUGUCGGAUACUCCCUCCUCCAGCACUGGGCCAGGGGCUCAGUUUGCAAACCUGGCAUCAUCUGAUGUUGCUUUAAACCUAACCCGUGAAUCCAUGAAGUCACCAGCAGACCCAGGGAAAUCUGCACCUUCUGAUGUCAGUGCCAGCUUCCACUCCAGGAAUACCAAACUGGUUUCGAGCACGGAGGGCAAAGAGAGAAGGACAACCUCAAAGGAGAUCUCUGUCAUCCAGCACACGAGCUCCUUUGAGAAGUCCGACUCCAUCGAGCAGGUGAGCGGCUUGGAGGGCGAAGAGAAGCCCACACCGCAGUACCCAUCUCAGCCAACCACGCAGCACAGCCGCCCACAUCACUCCCUGCAGCCCAAGCUGGUGCGACAGCCCAACAUCCAGGUCCCAGAGAUUCUGGUCACGGAAGAGCCCGACAGACCAGAAACGGAGCCAGAGCCUCCUCCAAAAGAGCCAGAAAAAACAGAGGAAUUUCAAUGGCCACAGAGAAGCCAAACGCUUUCUCAGCUCCCUGCAGAGAAACUCCCACCAAAAAAGAAGAGGCUGCGGCUGGCAGAAAUGGCUCAGUCCUCUGGAGAGUCCAGCUUCGAGUCGGUCUCUCUCACCAGAAGCCCGAGCCAGGAGAGCAGUGUAUCCCAUGGCUCCAGCCAUUCUGUGUCAUUCGAUCGGGAAGAUCACAGCAAAACAGAGCCUGGCAGCCAGCCUCCCGAAUCCCACUCCAAGCCUCCAGGUGUUGGCUCCCACAUGUUGAUGGUCCCAAGCCACCACCACCACCAUUCCAGGGAGAUGCGGAGAUCUGCCUCCGAGCAGACACCCAAUGUGUCCCAUGUUUCCCAGAUGUCGGAGACCCGCAGCAAGUCCUUUGACUAUGGGAGCUUGUCCUCCACGCCUGCCUCCACUCCCGGCCCCUCCACCUCCUCGGCUCCCCAGGAGAGGAGGAAAUGCUUUCUUGUGAGGCAAGCAUCCCUCACCAGGCAUCCAGAGCACGAGCCAGACCCAGCCCCAGCAGGCCGACCAGAGGCAGAAGACCCAGUUCCUUCCUUGAGCAAAUCUCCCUCGACAAGUUUGCCCCAUCAGCCGCCAUCUUCAUCCCCUUUGCCCUCUCACGGUACCUACCCAAGCGAUAAGAGCCAGCCAAAAGACAGCCCCCAGCCUGCAUAUACCCAGCCCUACACAGAAGCCCUGCAGGUCUUCCACCCCGUCCCCCAGCUAACACUGCACGAAAAGCAUUUCCUCUCCCCACAAGUUUCCAUCUUCCCCUACCAGCCCCUCCUGCCCCAGCCGGGGCAGCCUGCAGAGCUCUUUGCUGCACACACCAUGUCCGAUCUCCUCUCCGCGCAGCUCACCGUGCCCCAGCUUCCCCCUUCCAUCUUCCAGACCCCUCCGCUGCCCCUCCAGCAGACGUUGCUGCACCCAGGCCCCCUGCACCUCGCUCCACCGCUGAUUCCGCACCCCACUGAGGUACCCUUCAGGCAGCACCCCUCCUUCCUGCCGGUGCACUACCCCAGCUCCUCGCCCAUCUCCUCUGCCUUUUUCCUGCCUCUUCAGUCUCAGUUUGCUCUCCAGCUGCCAGAAGCUGGGGGACAUUUACCGCAGCUCAAAUCCAGCUUAUUCCCAGCAGCAGGGACCUCCAGCCUUUCCCCGUGCACAGAAUACAGCUCGGACACUCGGUUGUACCCCCUGACCCGCACAACAAGUCCUUCAGUGCCCGUGUCCACAGCUCAGCUCAUCGUCCCCACACGGUCGGACCCUGUGGUGUCCCUCGUGGUCCCCGUCCGCAUUCAGACCAACAUGCCGUCCUACGGGAGCGCCAUGUACACCACGCUUUCCCAGAUCCUGGUCACUCAAUCCCAGUGCAGUUCCUCUUCUAUCGUUCUCCCCAAAUUCGAUGAUUGCCAACCCAAGGGCACCCUGGUCUGCAGUGCUGAUGUGCAUGGCCUUGGGUUUGAUCUAGCACAGAUGAUCACAGAGGAGCAAAGGAUUUUCCAGAGCCCAUAUCUGAGGGUGCCCUUACCCCUACCGGAGCGAAAGGGCUGCAUCCCGCUCACCUCCCCAGCAGACAGCGUCCUCGGGCUGGAGGGAGGCCCAUCCACCGUUGGUGGAAGCAAGAGGAUGCUCUCUCCAGCGGGCAGUUUGGAGCUGACGAUGGAAACGCAGCAGCAGAAAAGAGUGAAAGAGGAGGAGGUGUCAGAAGCAGAGGAGAAGUUGGAAGUGGUGAAGCCACCCAGUGCAAUAGAGGAAGGGAAAAAGCAGGAUAAAGCUCACUUUCUUACCGAAAGCCAAGGCAGGGUUGAGGUUGAAACACCACCUAGUUUGUCCUUAGAGCAGUCGGAGCUAAAGGAAACCCCGAGUACUUUGCAACAAGCUGUGUCCCGGUCCGGUUCUCCAAGCUUUGAGGCGCUGGAGGAGUAUCAGCAGCCAGCUGGCAAGCAGCCCCUUGGCAAGGCACCUUUACAAAGCGUGAAGAAAGAAGACUCCAAAGAGCCAGUGGAGCAGCCUCCACCAAGCCCUCCAAGCCCUGCACCUCUGUCCGAGGUCCCUUCAAGUGCAAUGAAGUCUCGAGAAGGUACGGAUAUGAAGAAGGUACUUCAGUUCCCCAGUCUCCACACAACCACUAAUGUCAGUUGGUGCUAUUUAAACUACAUAAAGCCAAAUCACAUCCAGCAAGUCGACCGGCGGUCUUCAGUGUAUGCCAGCUGGUGUAUUAGCUUGUAUAACCCCAACCUUCCGGGUAUAUCCACUAAAGUCGCCCUGUCCCUCCUGAGGUCCAAGCAGAAGGUGAGCAGGGAAACCUACACCAUGGCUACUGCUCCACGGCCAGAGGCAGGCAGGCUUGUCCCGUCCAGCUCCAGGAAGCCCAAAAUGACAGAGGUUCAUUUGCCUUCGCUCCUUUCUAAUGAAGGUCGAAAAGAAAUAACUAGAGCUGAGAAGGAAGAGGAUAAAAGAGGAAAACCAGAAGAAGAGGCUGUUGUAACCAAAAGAGGGGAGCCAGUCAGGAUCAAGAUCUUUGAAGGAGGGUACAAAUCAAACGAAGAGUAUGUGUAUGUGCGAGGCCGUGGAAGAGGGAAGUAUGUAUGUGAGGAGUGUGGAAUUCGCUGCAAGAAACCCAGCAUGCUGAAGAAACACAUUCGCACGCACACAGACGUCAGGCCAUAUGUCUGCAAGUACUGUAACUUUGCUUUUAAAACCAAAGGGAAUCUGACUAAGCAUAUGAAGUCAAAAGCCCACAGCAAAAAAUGUCAGGAGAUGGGCGUGUUGGUAUCUUCACUGGUGGAUCUGGAAGCCGAAGAAGGAACCAGUGAAGACCUAUUCCAGGACUCUGAGGGGCGGGAGGGAUCUGAGCCUAUUGAGGAACACCAGUUUUCAGACCUAGAGGAAUCUGAUGAUGAUGAUGACAACGAGGAUGAUGAAGACGAGGAGGAAGAGGAGAGCCAAGAUGAACCACCUUUAAAGCUGCCGGAAGCCAAACACCCCACCCCACUGAUGCACUCUUCAGGUGGCUCUCCGACUUCUCAAGAGGAAGGCACAGAAACAGCAUCGUCCUUAGCCCAAGAAACUGCUUCCAGCAGCCAGAAAGUCGGUGAAGGCCAGCAGGGCUCCUCCUGUGGGCUGGAAACCAGGUGGUCAGCAGACAGCAGCGACAUCGCCGUGUGCCACAGCAUCCUGAGUCUCCACAGACCAGCUCUGACUUCCACCGAACAAUUGGCUUCUGCUGAAAGAGAGUCUGUCACCAGGCCACCCAUGUCCCUAGCCAUGGAACUGUCAGCCUCAAAAGACACCUCCCCAAGGAAAAGGUGGUCUCCGAGCCAGGACUCCAGCAGAGCUGGCGGCAGCAGCAGACCAAUGCUAGCGAGAAAGCAUCUGUUAACCAAAAAUGAAACUUCACCCAAACGGUUUUCACCCACCGGGGAGAUGUCUCCUCUGAGGUGCCUGUCCCCAGGGAGAGGGCUGUCCCCGUGCCCACGUGUCUCUCCCAGGAGGGAGGCAUCCCCGCUGCGGUGCGUGUCGCCGAGGCUCGAGCUGUCACCCAGCAGGCAUCUGUCCCCCAGGAGAGAGCUGUCCCCCAGAGCGUACCUUCCUCCAGAAGGAGAGGCCUCAUCUCCCAGCAGAGAGAUGCCAUCGGGCAGGUAUUUAUCGCUGAAGAAAACCUUGCCCCCGAGCUGCUCGGAGGCACCCAGGUACCCAUCCCCUGGCAAGGAGGACGCGCCUGGGACAAGCAGAUCGGCAGCAGAUGACAAAAUUCAAAGCUCAUAUCAAGCCCAGCAUGGAAUAUUAUCUUCGAUGCCUCUACCUCACAGGUUCUUUGGCAAAAAUGUACAGCUCUAUGAAUCCAAGCUGAAGAUAGAACCCAGGAGCCCUCCACGCUCACCCGGCACCAUGCAGCCCAUCUGCUUCAGACCCUUGCAGGCACCUCACGAACUUCACACCCACAGCCGAGGAGAAGAGAAUGUCUUCAGCCACCUUCCACUGCACUCGCAGCAGCUCGCAAGGACCCCGUACCCCAUGAUUCCCAUCGGGGGCAUCCAGAUGGUCCAGGCCAGGCCAAGCACCCACCCCAGCUCCGUAAUGUCCCUGCCAGGGGGACACUUUUCACCUGGUGGCAGUAGCUUUGAGGAGCCAUGGGUGCCACGGGAGCCUUCAUCUGCAUCUGUCUCCCCGGUGGCAAAAGUUUCCAAAUACACGCUGUCCCCAGAGCCUACAAGCAGUGAGUGCUUGGAGGAGAAAAUGAGGACUAGUGAGCUUAAGCAAAAGCCAGACCCGGAGGAAUACAGGGUAAAAGUGUUUGCUGAGCCCAGCCCUGCGGAGCAACCGGGCCGCUCGGCAUCCCCAGCCAACCCCAGCACCACCCGCCAGCCCUCUCCAAAGCCUUCGACGAGUGGGGAUGACCCCUUGACUAACCCGGGCGAGAAGCAAUGUGGCAGCUCGAGCAGCCCUUUGGAAUCACCACACUGCACUUUCACCUCCGAGCUCCCAUCCCCACCACCGCCCCGCAGCCUGCAGCCCUCUGGAGAGCCCCACAGAGCCCCCAGGAGUCCCCGUGCAGAGCCCACAGGCGUAGGUCACGCUCAGACAGAGGCGGACGACAGCACGGGCAGUGCUUAAGUCCCUGCCAUCUGUUCCACCUUUAGGCUUCCUAUGUAAAAUCAACAGACAUUUUCAACACUAUUUCCUUUAGUAUAAUCAUCGCUAUACGAAGCACUCUAGUGAAUGACCAAACCCAUGGAAGUUUCCUGGUUUUCUUUGUCCCGGUCUGGUAUUAUCUCCACAUGUAUGCAGUUACUUGUGCCUUUUUCUAUACCUUUUGUUGCUUGAAAUGUACAAAAAUGUUUGAGGCUGUGAAUAUUUUUUUAGAGUUUUUUGGAAAGGGGUUUGUUAGACCUUGUCUUUUUUGCCAUUGAGGUGUGCGUUCUUAUGGGCCUGAGAGAUGCAGAAAGGAAAGGGUUAAGCAUUUUAAGAGGAAGAAGAUGCACUGAAAACAAAAACAAAAAGAAAAGAAAAACUUUUUUUUUAAUAUUGAUUCAAUGAUUAAAAAGAAAACCAAACCCUUGCUCCUGUGUACAGAAGUUUAUGAUUCGUAUUUAUUACAUGCUUUAUUUAAUUCUCGCAAAGUGCUUGUUGUUUUUUUUUUUCUCGCAUCCCUCUGAUUGCCUAUGGUUGUGCUUUAAACACUUGAGACUGCUUUACAUUUGAGAAACGUGUUUACCCUGAACUUGUAAAUGAAGCUAGCACUUCCUCGAGGAGGGGGAGGCUGUUCGCAGCGAGAGAAAUUGUCGCUCCAAGAGAAAAGCUCAUCGUGAACAUCUCUCCCUCCUGCAGAACAUCAAAGCACUUUUUUUUAUUCUUAAAAAAAAAAAAAAAAAAAAAAAGGGACACACACAAAGAUAUAAGUUCUUCAAAGAUUUACCUGCAAGAAGGUAGGAAUGUAUCGAAUGUAGCCCAGUGCUGGGCUUCAUCCCUCCAUCCCCAUAGCUGUGCCCAGAGCCCUCUCCAUGGUCCUGGAGCCCCUCUACCCCUGGCUCUAAGGGAGGCUCUCACCCCGCAGCCAUUUCUCCUCCCUGGUUUUUAGGUGGUGGACGAACUGCUCCAUCCCAUCCCGCGGGUUUGAACCUUGAGCUUUAGGGAUGCUGGAGGAGUCUGUGCUCUGCUUGGUGACUCUGUGCUCUGUUUUCUUUGUAUUUAUUUAUUUAAGCAGAACAUCUCCAUGUCGCCCUCAUUGAGCAGAUGGGCCCUUUUGGGGUAUUUUGGAAGGAAAAGUUACAGUGCUGAGUGCUUUGCAGUCAGCAUGUUCUGCAUGCAUGGUGACUUUUCCAAGAGCGGACUUUCCCCUCUGAGCUCCCGUGGCAAAGCAGUGGCCCCACUACCCUCAGAUACCAAAUACAGAGACCGACAGAGUAGCUCCGUCCAUGCGCUUUGAACCAUGGCCAUUGGGUAUGUGGCUGCCCCAGUGGACAGCAGAGGGUUAUCAGAAGGUUUUCUGAUCUAUGAAAUCUGUACAGACCCCUUUUUUUUUUUCUUUUUCAAAUUUUAACAGCAACAAAAAAAAAAAAAAAAAAAAGGAAAAAAAAAGAGAGAGAGAGAGAAGAUGAAAUAAAUAUUUAACCAGUGGAUCAGUUCUAUCUUCUUUCAGAGCUGUUCCAGUUUAUCGGGUACGUAAUACACUUUUUAAAAAAAAAAGUUUAAAAAAAUACCAAAAAAAAAGAAGAAAAAAGAAAAAAAGAAAUAAGAAAAGACCGUGAAUGAAAACAUAUUUCCUUGCCAGACUUGAUGAGCUACGAACUGUUCCCAUUUCAUGGGCAAAUACUAUAGAUUUUUUUAAUGAUCUGUGACUUUUUUUUUUCUAAUUAUUUUUAUUUUUUGCUUUUCUUGUAAAGGGAGUUAAGUACUAAAGAAGAUAUCCUGGAAAUAGCAUUAAGGCUGUGACGCUGACCAAAACAAUGUCCAGAAAGAACCCAUGUCUACCUUAAUAAGCACUUUUAUCGAGUUCCUCUUUCUUCCAUCUCCCUGGCCCCAAGCCUGAUCCUGCUCCCAUAUUCAGUCAAAUCUCAUGGCAGAAGCCAAGGCUGCAAACCCAGUUCAGCCCAGUGCCUCUGCUCAAUAGAACCUUAGGCACCAGCUUCAAUCCCUCCUGCCCAUUGGAACAACACUGAAGUGUGAUGUGUUGUGUGUGCAUCCCUGACCCUAACCCUAACCCUAAUCCUAACCCUAAUUCUACCCCAAAUUCAGCACUGGGUUCAGAUUUCCUGGCUUUUGCCACCUUUUUCUGCCUUGUCACACUCUUAACAUUAUUCCAAGGUAGCUUUUUGUAAUUUUUUUUUAAAUAUAUACAUACAUAUAUAUAUAUAGCAACUGUACAUAAAGAAAAACAAUGCAGCAGUUGUGCACUUGGCAUCCUGGUUUCAUUUGGUGCAUUUGACAUGAGCUUUGGGCUAGAUCAAAUUUGCUCAGCUUUCUGUAAUUGUAUUAUAAUCCUUGACCUGUUGGCACUUGGCACGGAUGUGGGUUUUUUCUUCCUUCUGUCAUUCUGAACAGAAGAAAAAGAAAAACAAAACAAAACCUUACAAAACCCAGAAACCUCUCAGCACAUUUUUGUUGGUGGUGGUUUUUUUUUUUGUUUUGUUUUGUUGUUGUGGCUUUUUUUUUAUGAUUAUGGCUUCUUUAAAGCUUUUCCAGAAGCUCCAGAUGAGUUCUGCAUCCCAGCUGCAGAGCAUCCCAGCUGCCUGUGGCUAAAAACCAGGGUGAGGAGGUGCAGGGGCUGUGCAGCAGCAGUGCUCCAUAGGUUGUGCCCUGCAGCCACAGAGCGGGUGCAUGCCGGGACAGCCAAAAACUCAGGGGCAAGGUGAACAAUCUCAGCCUGGUCCUGCUGCCCAGCGGGCACGGUGGGGAGGCUUUGGCUGGGGUGACAUGGUGCUUCAUGCGAUACCUAACGGGCGCAAUAUGGCCUAUUGUAGGCAAAAAGAAUCACAAAAAAAAAAAAAAAAAAAAAUCAAAAUGAUAUUUAAGGGCUACUAAUCCCGCCGACAGCUCAGAGCUCUGCGGGAAGGGCACCAGCAUCUCCGCCUGCGGGCAGGGCAGCAUCCCGGAACUGCCCCGUCACAAUGGGGGGACUCUGAGCACUCCGGGUGCCCCCAGUGCCUCGCACCCAUGUGCGUUGGCACCUUACUGCACCUUACUGCAGGUCUGGAGCCCCCUGUUCCUGCUGUUUCCUACCUGGAGCACCUGCUGUCCCUGCUGGCUAUUUCCUACCACUGUCUUCUUGCUGGGUGAAAGCUUUUUGCAAACCACAGUUUUUCACCUCACUCUGGGUAUCCCCUCUGUCUGCAAAAUGACGAUGAGAAAUUUAGAUUUGCUUUCCAAUGGGUGAGUUGGUUUCUGUGCAGGCACUUUGCAGAGGCAGGGAGCAGCGCUAUUUCUAAGAGAAAGUAUUAGUCACACAAGUAGGCAAAUGAAAAACCAAAGCUCAACCCUUGCUUUCCAUCAGCAGGUGGAAAUAAGCCCUCCUGCUUUCCAUCUGACAGAGCUCCUUAGUGCACAGCCAGGUGUCCCCGUACCCGAGUGCGUUGCUCAAUGGCAAACUUUUGGUCUUGCCUCCAAAAAAUGAUUUUGCAAGGAGAUCUUGUCCCAUAGCCUCAAGUAACUUCUUAAGGCCUUUUUGUUGAGUAUCCAGAGUCAACAAAGCACUCCUACGGGGACUUGUGCUGAAGCACUCCACAAAUUCCCAUAACGUCCUUUUGCUCAGAGCCCCCCCAAAUGGCCCCGUCUUUGGAGGCAGCUCUUUGCCACCUCUGACUACUCACAAGUUGUUGGCUGGGCACCCAGGGAACGCAGCAGGAAACCCUUAUGGUUGUGAUGGAGUGACCAUGACGUUAUGGUGCAUGGCUGGGGAACGCAUUUCAACACUUUCUUCUUAAGGGUGCCUGUGAGGUCUCACUGCUGGUGGUGACAAACGCACCCCCUCUCUCCAUCUCUGUGUUCAUUGGGCUCCACUGGUUGGGUUUCUCUGAAGCCAGCACUCACUUCUACCUGGUUUUUGUUUCCAACCCACAAAAACAGCACCUGAACAAGCAAUAUACGUGGUAACGUGGAAAUCAUUACAGUUAUUCCAUGCAAAAUCCUAAAGAAUUUGAUCUAGCCCUGUUCUGUGUUCUUGCAGUAUCACUGCUUACGUGGGUUCAUCAUGUGCUUCUCUUUUUUUCUUUCUUUUUCCCCCGUAUUUUCAUCUGUUGCACAGUAUUUACAAAUAAAACCAUAUUGUAAAUUAUUUACAAAAAAAAAGGAAA